GUCUCCCCAAACAAUUCCUAUCCCUCGCCAGUCGCCUCUUCGAGAAAGCAGACCAGUCACUAGAGUACCAGCCGUCUCCCCAAACAUUUCUUCUCCAAAACCCUCGUUCUGUUUCCGGUCAUCGGUGAAAUCAAUCGAACAAUGGUUCCGUGUUUGAAACACCUUCUGGGUUUUUUUCUUUUCCCACUGUUUUUCGUUUCAGCCUUUGCACUCUCAUCCUUUCCGAUCUCUAAUGGUUCUUCGGUCUACGAACUCCUACCCGAGUUCGGGCUACCGAGUGGCCUCCUGCCUGAUUCGGUUAAAGGCUUUUCUCUCGCCGACGAUGGAAGGUUCGUUGUCGAAUUGGAGAAGCCCUGUUACAUCCAGUUCGACUACUUGGUUUACUACGAUCAGAAAAUCACCGGUACGCUCAACUACGGGUCAAUCGCGAAUCUCAAGGGGAUUGAAGUCAAACGUUUCUUCUUGUGGUUUGACGUCGAAGAGAUCCGGGUAGAUUUGCCGCCGGCCGAUUAUAUAUACUUUCAAGUGGGGUUUAUCAACAAGAAGCUUGACGUUGACCAGUUUCAGACGGUGCAUUCUUGCCAGGAUGGGGUGUCGUGCAAAGGAGGAUCUUGGAAAGAUCUUUUGAAGGUGCCAACUCCUAUUAAUGAAGUUCCAAUGUUAAUCACGGAGUAGUGGAAACAAAAUCAUCAAUAUUCAUCAUACUAUCAGGAGAAGUAGGUAUAUAUAUAUAUAAUCCAAUUACUAGCAUUCUCUCGUGCUUGUUUUUUGGUUUAGGGUCAAGAAUCUGAUAAGUCAUCGGAUGGCCUACCAGCAAAUAGUACCGAGUAUAAUAUGUAUAUAGCUACAGUUUCCGUCCUUCAGUAUCUACAGUAUGGUUAACCAUUAGGGCUUCAGUGUGGUUUCAAUAUUCAAGUUUAUAUAUUGAAAUCACCAGCCAGCAAGCUUGUGUAGCAGCAUAAAGCUGUUGGUGUACCUCUUGAAAUGAUCUCAGAAUUUAGAAAGAGUUUAUAAAGUGUACCUAUUACAUCUUCUAGUCUAUAAAUUUUUGCAUAGCAACA